AUGUACAUGAAAUUUCUAACAUAUUUAAGAAAUAAAACUUUAAAUCCUGAAAGACCUGUUACAAAUGCUUUAUACACAACACUUGAAAGGCUUAAUCAACCUUUAAAAUUUCGUCGCUCCUUUGUUGCAUCAGAUGUCGUAUUUGCCAUGGAAAACAAUCAAACAAUUCGACAUAUUGUUAAUAGACAGCAACAAGAUGCACAUGAACUAUUCCAACUUUUGUUGCAAUCUUUGAGUUAUGAAGAUGAAAUGAGUCGACGUCCUAAAUCGCUUUUAGAUCUUGAAAUGAUACGUUUACUGGCAAAUAAUGAAAAAAUUCCAUUAUUAAUCGGAGAAAAAAACCCUCUUUUUGGAUUAACAGCUUGUCGAAUUUCUUGUAUGAAGUGUGAAUAUUUUGGUCCAAUCAGACAUUCAACAUUUGAUAAUAUUUCUAUUCCACUUCCAAGAGAAAACUCAACAACUUUAGAUAAACUUCUUGGAACCUUUGUUGGAAUAGAUUUUAUUAACGAAUAUAAUUGCCCAAGAUGUAGUUUACAAGAAACAUUAUCAACUAUUGAAAAUCAAUUGUCAAAAGUUAAAGUUAUUGACAAAAAACUUCUUGAGGAUCCAAUUAAACAAACAAUUUUUGCAAAUCUUCCUCAAGUACUGGUGAUUCAUCUAUCACGAUCCAUAUUUCUUACAAACGGAAUUUCUUUGAAAAAUUCAUGCCGGGUUGAAUUUUCUGAAAUAGUUGAUAUGUCAAAAUAUACAACCAUUGGAUAUUCUGCUACAAUGCCAAGUGAACCAUUAUCCCCUUCAUCGCCAAUAUCUCCUUCACCAAUUGCGUCACCUGUUUUGGCUGGAAUUAAUGACGAUAAUAAAUAUCAACUCAAGACAGUAAUAGUUCAUCAAGGAGACCAUAGAAAUGGCCAUUUUGUUACUUAUCGCAAACGUGAAGAUAGUGUUAACUGGUGGUAUCUCUCUGACGAAAGUGUUAAAGAAGUCAGUUUAUCUCAUGUUCUCUUAGAAGAAGCAUAUAUGCUAUUUUAUGAAAAAUGUUAA